CAAUUUUGACUUUCAAACGCAAUUUUCUCCCACAAAAUCAGCUCAAACCCCCCCACAUAUUCGGCACCAUAAUUUAGAUAAUUUAAUUUUCUUCAGAUUAAACAUAUUUUUACCUCGAAUAAGAAUAGGGCGCGCAUGCGCAGGCCGUUUUCCGAGGCUAGCUCGGAGUGUCGACUGAGAAGCAAACACGAGGAACGCCAGUGCAGACAACCUUCGUUGGAAAUUUCAAAAUAUGUGGACAUAUGAUGGUAGAGUUCAUCAACAGUAGUAGUACUAGUAGUGAUCAGCAUGGAUCCUGUGCGCAUAGAGUAUGUUAAAAGUUGUGGUGAUGAAUGGUGUCAUCAAGUGCAGAAACAUCUGCUGGCCAAGGGUCAAGGUCGACCACCAUCGCUUCCAGCCAAUGAUCAGAAUCCAACAUAUCUGCAGCUGCUACAAAUCCACAACAUGAAAAAGGAGACCAAAGUGUCAUGGAAUCAAAUCUCAAGGGCCAUGGAGAAAAUGUUUGGAUUUUCACAGAGGAGAUUCCGAGCUGUUAUUGAAAGUGCGGUAACAAAGAUGGGAAAAUUUGAAUUUGAGGACAUGAAAGUACAACUGAUGUCAACUGUUGAUUUGAGGUAUAUCGGUCCACGCUGUGCAGCACUUGGGAUAGAUCGUGAAAAGUUGUUGAACAUUACACUUCUAAAUGAAAUGAUAUUUCCAGACAGUGCUUUGAGCAGAGGUGUUGUGUAUGAACUUGAACAUUUUUCAAAGUUUAGAGAAAUUAGACAAUGGGAUUUUUGUUCAGUGGCUGUCGGAAAUUGGAAAUCUGAACAUUCUUUUUGAAGUAAAAAGUGUAAUGGAGAAAGUUUGUGACGUCAAACUUGAAUUUCAAAUUAGGAACAAAAGCAGAUCUUAAAAAAUGACUGAAAUUGAGACAUACCUGGGUGGCAAGUUCCCCAUUGCUGAAUGUAAUUCUGCUGGUGUUGUAGAAGUGGGAUGUGAUUAUGUGGAUGGUGAACAUGUGUCAACCAGUUCUGUGGUAGUGGAGGAGGAUUCCUCUGGCGCGUCUAACACUAGCAGCAAUGUCAAUCACAAUGUGUCUACUGUUGGGGAAAAUUUAAAGUUGACACAUAAAGUAAAAAAGCUGGAGGCCUCUGUAAGUCAGUUGCUUGAUAAUCAAGAGGAAUUGACAAUGGAAAUUGAAGUACUGAAGGAGUUGUGCUGUGAGAAAGACAAUGAACGAAAGUUGAGUUGAGUGCCAAGGUUGGUGCAAUCAGAAAAUUGCAGGAGAAAGUGAAUGAUCUCACGACUAAGAAAAAAACUGUGUGCAAAAUCGUCCGAUUUGGCAAAACUUAAAAAAUCUGCUCGAUAUGAAAGACUUAAACAGUUGGAAAAGGACUUGUUGGCACAGGAAUCUGUUGUCACUGGUUUGAAAGCACAUGUUGAAAAGCACACGUGUCAGAAACAGAUUCAGGAGCUAAAACAAACAUUGAAUGAGGCCCAGACCAAACUUUCCAAUGCUUUGUCAGACUUGAAAAAGUGUGGGAUCAGAGGCGAUGUCUUGAAUUAGAAAAUAGCUCUCUGAAAUCUCAGUGUCGACAUCUGAGUGCUGAAGAACUUUCUUGGCAGAAUAAAGAGUUUGACACCAAAAUUGAAGGGAAAUUCACUGAUAAUAUGCUUGGUCUCUGUACAAACAGCGAACAAAUUCUAGGGAAAACUGAAAAGGACCUUGGAACCCUUGGCAGAGACUUGUUACCUUGUUUUAGAACCUGGGGUGGUGCUGAGUGCUGCACUUCACGAUUUAUUCAAACGGCAUGUGACUGUUUUGGACCUCGAGGAGAUGAGAAAAGUGGGUGCAGAGAGUACUGGUUAGCAUAUUGUGCUGAAAGGGGAUUCAGUCACGAAUCACGAGCUACAGAUCAAAUCGUUUCAACAAUUUUUAUGCCAGUGCAGCAACCCUGUACUACCACAGAGCUCACAUCAUUGACUUUCUAGAGACCAAUUACAAUAACACACAUCUGAAUUUAAAACUUAAGAGUGUUUUGGCCGAUGCAAAAUCUGAGAUCAUGUGCCUGACACGCAUAGUUGGUAUACUGUAUUAUACCAUCACUUCACCAUAUUGGACACUACUCCACAGUUCAACUGAAUAUGUGGAUUUUCAUAAAUAUACUACUCAAAAGAAUUUAAGGGUCAAAAAUUUAUAACCAAACAAGUUUCAGAGUGUAUUAGACUGAUGAUGUAAACUACACCAAAAAUUUAAUUUAUUG